AUGUCUUUAGAUAAAGUGAAGCACAUUGUUCUUGUCCUCUCCGGUAAAGGAGGAGUUGGAAAAUCCUCCGUCACAACCCAACUCGCCCUCUCCCUAUCUCUAGCCGGUUCCUCCGUCGGAAUCCUCGAUAUCGAUUUAACCGGGCCCUCCAUUCCCCGUCUCUUCUCCCUCGAAUCUGCCAAAGUAACCCAAGCACCCGGCGGCUGGAUCCCCGUCCCCGUUCACCCCUCCAACCCCUCUUCCUCCAUCGGCGCCCUAUCAUGCAUGUCUCUCGGCUUUCUACUCCGAGAACGAGGCGAUGCAGUAGUAUGGCGCGGACCGAAGAAAACAGCUAUGGUUAGACAAUUUCUCACAGAUGUGUUAUGGGGCGAACUCGAUUACCUUCUCAUUGAUACCCCGCCUGGUACAUCGGACGAGCAUAUUUCGCUGGCGGAAACACUUCUCAAGAAUGCAUUUCCGGGCCAAGUCGCCGGUGCGGUGAUUGUAACGACGCCGCAGGCUGUGGCAACGGCAGAUGUGAGGAAAGAAUUAAAUUUCUGUACGAAGACUGGAAUACAUGUUAUCGGAGUGGUGGAGAAUAUGAGUGGAUUUGUGUGUCCAAAUUGUUCGGAAUGUACAAAUGUAUUCAACAGAGGAGGUGGAGAGGUUAUGGCCAAAGAUUUUGGAGUACAGUUCUUAGGACGAGUUCCGAUUGAUCCUCAAUUCGGAAUGUUGGUAGAAGCAGGCAGAAAACCAGUAUAUCCGGAAGGAACGCUAGUAAAUGGCAAAGACAUGAGUGGUGCCCAAAACGAUGCUAAUACUGUUGGGGAUGACGGGCUUUUGGUAGAGAAAUAUCGGGACUGUUCUCUAUGUCCAAUAUUCAAGGAUAUAACUAAACAGGUUAUGGAUGCUGUAGAAGGAAAGGCUCCAGAAGAGACGCCGAGUGCUUGA